AUGGGCAAGAUCACAGAAAUCUUCUUCGAUUGCGACAACACUCUGGUCCUUUCGGAGGAGCUAGCCUUUGAGGCCUGCGCCGAACUUGCCAAUGAGCUUCUGGCGGACAACAACAUCCCCGAGCGUUACACCGGCGAGCAGCUCAUCAAAGAAUUCGUCGGCCAGAACUUCCGCGGCAUGAUGGUCUCCCUGCAGGCCUUGUACAAGUUCGAGGUCCCGCUGGACCAGUUUGAGAAGUAUGUCACCAAGGAAGAGGAUAUGGUUAUCGCCAAGUUGGAGGCCAAAGCCCAGCCCUGCGUUGGUGCCAGCGAGGAAUUGGAGAAGGUCUACAAUGAGAAAAAGUACGGCCUUGCCGUCGUCUCCUCUUCCGCUCUGCGUCGCGUGAUCGCUUCCAUCAAGAAGGUCGGUCAGGACAAGUACUUUGACGAGGAUAAGAUCUUCAGCGCGGCUUCAUCUCUGCCGAAGCCUACCUCUAAACCCGAUCCCGCUAUCUACCUGCAUGCUCUCGAGAAGGUCGGCAAGAAGGCCGAGGAGGCUGUUGCCAUCGAGGACAGCAAGUCCGGCGCUCUUUCGGCCAUCCGCGCCGGCAUCCCCGUCAUUGCGUACGUUGGCAGCUACAAAGGCGAAGAUGUCCAGAAGGAGAUGGCUCAGACCCUGACUGACCUUGGCGCACGAUGUGUCAUGUACAAUUGGUCUGAUUUCCAGAAGUGUCUCCAGACCAUCGAAGAGGGUCGCGCCACUGAUAUUCAGCCGAGCCUUUGA